AGGCCCACGCCGGGGACACGGAGGCUUCCCCGCCGACCAGCAGCAGCAGCAGCAGCAGCAGCGCCAGCAGCAGCCGCAGCGCCAGCCCAAACGGGGGCCCCCGGUUCCCAAACCCGGUGAAGAUGAGCGCCCACGGCGGCGACGACGAGGCGCUUGCGCCAGUCUUCACCCAGGACCGCGCGCUGGAGGUGCAGCACCGGCCGAAGGGCACGCUGCGGAGCGGCGGCGGCCCUGGGGCCGUCGCCUUCGCCCCCGCGGCGCGCUCGCCGCCACGCGCGCAGGCCUGGAGUUCGCCGCAGCGCCCCGCGCUCGGUGGCCCCGCGCUGGGCGGCCCCACGCUGGGCGGCCCGUCGCACGGCCGUGUGCCGCCUCUCGCCUUUGGGGCUGCCGCCGCCGCGGUGCCGGAUCGGGCGCCAUCGGCGUUGUCGGCACCGCUAGCAGGGGCCCCCGUCGCCGCCGCCCUCGGCCCGCGGCCUACGCAGCACACGCCGGCGCGGCCGCUGGGAGGCAAGCCGCUGCGGGACCCCGCCGCGGCGGACGCGCUGUUCCGGCAGCUGCCAGCACGGGCGCCCGGGCCCGCGACUGCAGCAGCCAGAGCCAAGUCUAGGCCUGCUGCCACCAGGUCCAGCAGUUCGGGAGGAGUGCCUGUCAGAAGGACGUCCAGCGACGCCUCCACAGCAAGCGCGAGUGGCAGGUGGCUCUGACUGAGAGGAGCACCUGCCAACUCGCGAGGGCAAUUCGCGCUCCGGCUGGCUUUUUGGUCACGCUGACGCGGGCCUGCUGCGCACAGCGCUUGCAGGGGCACGUAGAGAGGAGGGUGAGGAUGAGGAUGAGGA